UGUAGUCGGCGUCACUUAAUCAUUGCGCGCGUGCAGAGGCAGGAGGCGGACCGCGGGCGGGAACAGAUAGUAACGGAGCACCGGAGACGGAGCGGCGGCAGUGUGCGCGUGACAGCACAGAGGAGAUAACGUUCAAGAGCCUCGCGUGCCUCGCAGUCCUUCUCAGACCCUCUGCACCUCCACCGGCUUCAUCGUUUGGACCUACACCUACCAGCCCCAUCAGAGAUGUCGAAGAAAAGGUUCACCGAACCGGAUUCCCGGGUUAAAAAAACAGCUUUUCAAGGCUUUUCAUCCAUGACCACCAACGACCUCUCACGUUUUUCGCCGGAAUGUGUAGAAUGAAGUGUUCUCGGUAACUACAAAGGAGAAGCAAGAGUGUGAAGAUGUCGGUACCUCUGCUGAAGAUAGGCGUCGUGCUGAGCACCAUGGCGAUGAUCACCAACUGGAUGUCGCAGACGCUGCCGUCGCUGGUGGGGCUGAACACCACCAAGCUGACCGCGGCGCAGGGAGGCUACCCGGACCGGAGUACGGGAGUACUGCCAGCGAACCCGGAGGACUCAUGGCAGGUGUACAGCUCGGCCCAGGACAGCGAGGGCCGGUGCGUGUGCACCGUGGUGGCGCCGCAGCAGUCCAUGUGCUCACGAGACGCCCGCACCAAGCAGCUCCGCCAGCUGCUGGAGAAGGUCCAGAACAUGACCCAGUCCAUCCAGGUCCUGGAUCAGCGGACCCAGCGGGACCUGCAAUACGUGGAGAAGAUGGAGGUCCAGCUGCGGGGUCUUGAGACCAAGUUCCGACAGGUGGAGGAGAACCACAAGCUGAACAUCGCCAAGCAAUACAAGGCCAUAAAAUCGAAAAUGGAGGAACUUAGACCCUUGAUACCAGUGUUGGAGGAGUACAAAGCCGAUGCCAAAUUGGUAUUGCAGUUUAAGGCGGAGGUCCAGAAUCUGACGUCAGUGCUAAGCGAACUUCAGGAGGAGAUGGGGGCCUACGACUACGAGGAGCUCCACAACAGAGUGUCUAAUCUUGAGGACAGACUCCGAGCAUGCAUGCAAAAAUUAGCGUGUGGUAAACUGACUGGGAUCAGUGAGCCCAUCACCAUCAAGACGUCAGGCUCCAGGUUCGGCUCCUGGAUGACCGACCCCCUGGCCCCCGAGGGAGACACCAGGGUGUGGUACAUGGAUGGCUACCACAACAACCGCUUUGUGCGCGAGUACAAGUCCAUGCACGACUUCAUGACGACGGACAACUUCACGUCCCACCGCCUGCCCCACCCGUGGUCGGGCACCGGCCAGGUGGUGUACAACGGCUCCAUCUACUUCAACAAGUUCCAGAGCCACGUCAUCAUCAAGUUCGACUUCCGCACCUCGGCCAUCAGCAAGUCCCGGCAGCUGGACUACGCCGGCUUCAGCAACGCGUACCACUACGCCUGGGGCGGCCACUCGGACAUCGACCUCAUGGCGGACGAGGGCGGCCUGUGGGCCGUGUACGCCACCAACCAGAACGCCGGCAACAUCGUGAUCAGCAAGCUGCAUCCCAGCUCGCUGCAGAUCGUCAAGAGCUGGACCACCAACCACCCCAAGCGCAGCGCGGGCGAGUCCUUCAUGAUAUGCGGCACGCUCUACGUCACCAACGGCUACUCCGGCGGCACCAAGGUGUACUACGCCUACUCCACCAACUCGUCCACCUACGAGUACAUCGACAUCGCCUUCGAGAACAAGUACUCGCACAUCUCCAUGCUGGACUACAACCCGCGGGACCGCGCGCUGUACGCCUGGAACAACGGCCACCAGGUGCUGUACAACGUCACGCUGUUCCACGUCAUCCGCUCGGAGGAACUGUAACCGGGCGGGGCGGGGCCGGCGGAGGAGGGGGGACGGGGGCGGAGCCAUCGUCAGCGGUGUUCAGACGCUUAUACUGUCCGUGUAGACAUUGCUCACACAUAUAUAUAUGAAGAUAUAUAUAUAUAUAUAUAUUAUAUGUAUGUAUACACGGAAUAUAUCAUGGAAUAUAUAUCUACAACAAAGACAACAGAGAGAGACUCUGUGCCCGCAGAGGACGCGGUGCUUUAGGACUCGGACGGACCGUGGCUUAGUGAAUGCAAAGUGGUAGAAUGUACAUUAUGCAUUAAGUUACGACAAAAAAAUGUUUGCUAUGUAGAAAAAAAAAAGAUUGUAAAACAAACACAGUUCGACAGUAGGAUGAACAUUGGGAGGAGGAGAGAGAAGAAGGGAGAAAAAGAUGCCAAAAGAAAAAGAACAUCAUGCCUUUUUUUAUAUUGGAAAACCCGAUUCCCAUGACCUGCUUUCCUCCUGCUCUGGAUCUCCUGCUGUCUGCGGCCUCGACCCCUCCUCCUGGGGGAGGCUCCUUCAAAGAGACGACUGUAUCAGGGCUGAAGCCCACCCACCAGGGUCAGGUGGCUGAGAGAGAGAGAAGGAGAGAGUGAGAGAGAGGGAGAGGGAGUAAGAGAGAGAGAGAGAGAGAGAGAGAGAGAGAGAGAGAGAGAGAGAGAGAGAGAGAGAGAGAGAGAGAGAGAGAGAGAGAGAGAGAGAGAGAGAGAGAGAGAGAGAGAGAGAGAGAGGGAGGGAGGGAGGGAGGGAGGGAGAGAGAGAGAGAGAGAGAGAGAGAGAGAGAGAAGGAGAGUGUGUGAGAGAGAGAGAGGGAUGGAGAGAGAGAGGGAGGGAGAGAGAGAGAGGAAAAGAGUGAGGGAGGGAGAGGAAGUGAGAGAGUUUUGCUACCCAGAGGAAGGCAGAGCCGCUAACUACAGUUGUAUUAUACAUAUCCUUUUUUCAAUCAGUGCAGUAGCAAAAAAAAAUCAAAGUCUGUAGAAGAAAAUAAAAGAUAAAAAACACCCAUGAAAACAUGAGCUAGGAGAUCCGGAAGGCAAUGACUGUUUGCAGCACUCCUGUUUGAGAUUAUUGUUCGUGUUUCGUGAAGACGUGUGAAACCAAGGCUUUCUUUGCAUGAGUGUUUUUUUAAUCAUUCACUGCGGUCUGCCCUCCUGAAUGUCUUUUGUUGUACGAAACAACUCGUGUGAAUAAGUAAAAAAAAGAUAAAACGAGAAUUGCCAGAGCUACAGCGGGGGAGGAAGGGAGCGUAGCUUGCGGAAUGUUGCUUUUCACUGGUUUAUAUUUCUGAUUUUUGGCUUUAGGUUUUCUUCGUUUUUCUUUUCCCCGUCCUGAUUUUCUGUUUGAGAAGAUUCCUUUUUGAUAAGUGUGACUUUGAAUCGUUGUAAUCGUUGCCACUAGUUUUGCUUCUCUGCAUUUAUUGCACCUGGCCUGAGUUUGGUCCAGGGGGGGAUCAAAUUCUAUCAGACUCAAAUUGAUCCUCAAGAAAAAAAAAGAUAAAGAGAGUCAAGUGAAACUAGAGAAAAAGGCGAAUGUAUCACGUAAUGUAUCCUCCAUAUCCUGUCCAUGACCCUUGCCCCAGACCCCUAGACCCUGGCCCCUGGUCCCUAGCCCCUGGCCCCUAGCCCCUGGCCCCUGCCCCCUAGCCCCUGGCCCCUAGACCCUGGCCCCUGCCCCCUAGCCCCUGGCCCCUGCCCCCUAGCCCCUGGCCCCUAGACCCUGUCCAUGGCCCCUAACCCCUGGCCCCUGCCCCCUAGCCCCUGCCCCCUAGCCCCUGGCCCCUAGACCCUGGUCCCUAGCCCCUUGCCCCUGCCCCCUAGCCCCUGGCCCCUAGCCCCUGCCCCCUAGCCCCUGGCCCCUAGCCCCUGUCCAUGGCCCCUAGCCUCUGGCCUCUAGACACUGGUCCCUAGCCCCUGGCCCCUGCCCCCUAGACCCUGGUCCAUGGCCCCUAGCCCCUGGCCCCGAGCCCCUGGCCCCUAGACCCUGGUCCCUAGCCCCUAGACCCUGUCCAUGGCCCCUAGCCCCUAGACCCUGGUCCCUAGCCCCUAGACCCUGUCCAUGGCCCCUAGCCCCUGGUCCCUAGCCCCUGGCCCCUAGACCCUUUCCAUGGCCCCUAGACCCUGGUCCCUGGCCCCUAAACCCUGUCCAUGGCCCCUAGCCCCUGCCCCCUAGCUCCUAGCCCCUGGCCCCUAGCUCCUAGCCCCUAGCCCCUAGCACCUGGCACCUGACCCCUGGCCCCUAGCCCCUGACCCCUGGCCCCUGGCCCCUAGCACCUGCCCCCUGGCCCCUAGCCCCUAACCCUAGCCCCUGGCCCUUAGUCCCUGGUCCCUGGCCCUUUGCCACUAGCUCCUGGCCCCUAGCCCCUGGCCCUUAGUCCCUGGCCCCUGGCCCUUUGUCCUAUAGCUCCUGGCCCCUGGCCCCUGACCAGUCUGACUCCCGGCCAGCUGCCCGACGAUGGAGGAGCUGGCCGGGGUGGUGAUGGGGUGUGAUGGGGUGUGAUGGGGUGUGAUGGGGUGUGAUGGGGUGUGAUGGGGUGUGAUGGGGUGUGAUGGGGUGUGAUGGGGUGUGAUGGGGUGUGAUGGGGUGAGAUGGGGUGUGAUGGGGUUGUCACGGGGUUGUCACGCCCUGCAGGCCCUCCCCUUCAGGGCCCGCCCACUGCUAGUGAAGGAUGAUGUUUAUGUGUAUAUCCCUGGGAAGAAGACAGCUUCUCAAUACUUUUUGUGCUUUGCUGGACAUGUGUGUUGUAUCUAAGAUGAGAUAAGUUCAAUGAUUUGUGUCAAUAAAACUAAACAAAACGAAAAAAAAGCUUAACUGCAACCUCACAGAA